AUGAAAAGUAAAGACUGGGAUAAACGGAUAUGCAUUUUAUUAUUUGUAAUUAGAACUGCAUUUACGAUUCCAUAUCUAAUAAUUCGACAAAUAUCUGUCGAAUAUAUUUCCGUAAGUGAAACAUCUAUUUGUUAUUACAAAUUUAUUGAUAUUGCCCCUUACGAUGUUGGAGGAAUUAUAUUAGAAGCAAGAGAAUAUUAUUCACAGCUGUUACAAGAAGGUCCAUCGAUGACUGUGAAAUGCAUAACAUACAUUUUGCUAUCUUACUUAAUCACCAUCGAUGCUGAAAUUGUUCAUGCCAUUGAAGUUGUGUCGAUGAAAAGAUUAUCAUUCUUUGAAUGUGCAAGCACUGUAUUAAAAAAUGAGAAUGAUGAUGAUGAUAGGAACCAUGAGAAUGAUGAGAUUAAAGAUGAUGAUGAGAAUGAAGAUAAUGAUCGAAAAAUUAAUGACACAGAAAUUUCAAAUAUGGAAAUCAUUACCCAUUAA